AACAAAUAUGAUGCAAAUAAAAAUAAACAACUCCUUCCACAGGCCCUAGGGUAUGGCUUGAGCUUUCCACUCUCAGAAAUUGACAUCCUUCGUGAUUGUGUGAGUGUUUACUGUGAAUGGUUGUCGGCUCUACUUCCCAAUCCCAAGAGCAGUGUUCCAGCGCCGAUACUGAAUGAUCCAAAUCACUAUGCAAGAAUCAUAAUAAAUCAUUUUUAUUAUCUUUUUGUACCAAGAGGAGCUCAAGGACCUGAUGUUAUCAACCGUCAGGCUGUAUUAUGCCACCGUGUUCUUCGCACCUUGCAGAACAUAGCUCAAAACUCACCCUGUCUUAGUGAAGACACCUGGCAGACUCUGCUGUUGUUCCUUUUGCAUAUCAAUUCUGCUCUUCUCUCACCACCUACUGUGAAAGGUAAUCAUCAUAAAAGAGGAUGUGGUAAUUUGAAGAAAAUUGUUUGGGGGUGGAUUCUUUUGAAUCUGUUGGUUUUGAAAGGUACAUUGAUUUUCAAAAGUAGCUCUUUAAACUUUGCUCUCUGUUUCUUGACAGAUUCAGCUCAUGCCCUAUUUGUACGAGCAAUUUACCUCGUUUGUCACCGAUUGAUAUCAUCAUGGAAGAGUGAUGUGAACGUGUCUCUAGCAGGGCUAGAACUGCUCUCUGGGCUUGCUCGACUCAAUAUAGCUGAGCAAGAUGGAUUAGAAUGUAAGCGUGCCGUGAAGUGGCUGUGCGAUUACAUAGCUUAUCAGUGCUCUAGACCCCCUAGAGCUCAUUCAAAGGAUCUUCAUUCAACCAUUGUAGCAGCAUUUCACUGUGCGAGUGUGUGGCUAGUGGCACACCCAUAUCUGUUGCAAGAUAAAGAGUGCCUUGCAACAGUUCUAGAGGUUGUUGAACUUGGCAUAUCAGGAUCCAAAUCACAGGUAAAAUCAAGUGAUGCCCCAAGACUCAAGCAUGAAAAGGAGUUAAAACCAGCAAGCAUGAGGGUUAAAGAUGCUGCUGAGGCACUGCUCUCAUGUGUUUUAUCUCAGGUUGGAACUUUUCCAUCUGUGUGUGGUGCUGAAUCUCUCUCCUCCUUGCUGGAUGAAGUGACCCUACUACGACACUGCAACACUUGGGGAGGAUCUGACCAGCUCACAAGGGACACUGCUGCACUCCAUUUUAGAUAUUUUGUGGCUCAGAAUUCUAUAAUGCUUGCCCUCUUAGAGCAGCCUCUUGGGAAUCAUCAAGACCCCCAGCCAACAGUUACUGCCUUGAUCCGUGGGCCAUUUGGACGAGUGGUGUGGACCAUGCAAUUGCGACACUUACCAAGACACAAGUCCUCAGCUAAGCUGUACACUGUCAAUCCAGGACGCCCAUUGCCAAUGAAUGAUGUUGGGAUUAAGCACAGUGUAAAACCAAAAUAUUUCCCAGAUAGUGUUGACAGGAUCCCUCUCAGCAAAGCAGACAAGUCCAUUCCAUCACUGGAAAGUGUAAUUUUGAAUGAUGAGAAGUCUGCUAUAGAGCAUGAUAAACUUUUGCAGAUUUUGGACCAUCAGGUUGCGUUUGAAGACAAUGUUCGGCAUCAGGUAGAAAGAGAAACCACAGAAUACCCUGAUGUAGAGACAGAGUGUGCUGCACCUCCACUCUGCCAUGAAUUCCAAACGGCUAGACUGCUACUGUCACACUUUGGAUUCUUGUCCCUAGAUGCAUUGCAGCAGUCUGUAGAUGCAGCCGUUCCAUCCCUAGUUGCAUUGGACUCAAGUAUGGCUGGCUUUGCACGCGACUUGGACCUUUUAGACACGACAAACAACCGCACCAUUGACACAGCUCAUGUCUUUUAUGUCCGUGCUGGCCAAAGUGCUCCCCAGGACAUUCUGCUGAAUGUGGUGGGCAUAUUGUUAUUAUUUGUUUUCUUAGUUUCUUAUAAAGGUUUUGAGAAAAUAAAGGGCUUGGAGGAUGAACGAGGGAGUGAGUUGGAUGGAUCAGAUGUUGAUGCAGCUCAUCCUCUCUCACACACUUCACAGGUUUCUUUUGGACAUGGUGAAAAUAGGAAUAGGAAAUUUGGGAGACAGACAAGUGCUAUGGCUUGCAGUGACCACAAAGUGUUUGUUGUGUGGCUGGAGAGUUUUGAUGACUGCUACACUUUUCCAGCAAAUGAAUUGCUUCCUGAAACAGUAACCGGCAGGGAGUCAAGCUCCUGGAAGGAAAAGGAAGCUGUCAUAUAUAUUAUAUUCAUUCAUGCUCUCACAAAUGGACUCUUCAGGAUUAAACUACAGGGUCAGAAUGCUAAAUUGAGCAUGGCUGGACCACUUGUGGAUGGCCAGGUUGUGAGCAGGCGUGUUCUUGGGACUUUGGUGAGACAGACAGCUCUUAAUAUGUGCAGACGCAAACGGCUGGAGAGUGAUAGCUAUCAACCUCCACAUGUUCAGCGCAAGCUUCGCAUCCAGGAGAUGGUCCAGAAAUACAGAUAUGAAAUGAAUGAGCCAGAGUUCUACACGCACCUCUUCACCAGUCCUCUUUGCUAAGAUUAGAGCUCCAGAGAUCUGCUUUGUGAUAGGCAGGAGGAUUUACUUGAAGUGCUUUUUUGUGAUAUAAUGUUGAAACCGAUUUAUGCUCUUCCAGGGAAUCAAAGAUAAACUUGCACUUAAUACCAAAGAAUAGAAUAUACUGUUAUUGUAUUUAAUUUGCUUGCAUUAUGUAUGCAGGAGUUGAUUAUUUUUUAACUUUUAAACAGAGCUUAACAAUGAAUUGAGAUGAGGUUGUGGUUUUGUGUUCUAUGUUGAGAAACUGUCAGACAUAGCUGUGACGUUGUAAAUAUUGUGGUUACCUUUAUAUACCCUAUUGUCUCUUUUAUGUUUUGUUAAUUAUUUAUAUUGUUACUUUUAGUUGAUGUUAUGCUUGACAAGCAGUAUUAGAUUUGUAGAAAAUAUUUAAAUGUAUUAUUUUCAAAGAAAUAUCAUCGUUCAAAGGAACUGAACAUGAAUUUUUGGCUAGAAUUGAACCAACUCAUAAGAAUGUUAAGUUGAGGUGUAGAUCUAUUUCUCUUGAUAUUUGUUCCAAGAAAUGCGGCUGCAGGGACGGGAGAUGUUUUGCUCGCAAUGGAUAAAUACUGAAUUUUUUAGGUAUGGAAACACUGCAGUUGUUUAAAAUUAAAUUUAGAUUUUGUUUUGCAAGAAAAAAAAAGCAAUUGGAUCUGGAAGUGUAUUUUCUGACUUUUACAAAAUUUAUUUAGAAAUACAUUAAUUCUGAAAUAGUAAUUAAUUUGUUUUAAUACUUAAAUAUGUCAAUUAACACUUAAUCAAGGUGAAUAUUAAUUUAAUAUUAAUUGCAUUGUUGACUUUAUACUAUAUUUUUUACCUGUUAACAUUUUCUCUCUUCAGAUUACAAAUUACAUCAGUAUAUUGUCAAUAAUGUUCUAUGUAUAAAGAUACAACAUGA